GAUGCCGGAUGCACGAUUGACGAACACUCGGAUUUUCUAACGCGCCCUAGUCCACACAAGAUGAGCUACAUCACCCGCCGAGGUCUCUCGACCCUGAUCCCUCCCAAGAUCGCUUCCCCCAACGUGAGAUCCCUUCCAGAACCCCUACUGCAUUGAAGACCCGACCGAGCUCCCCGUCCCUUCGUUCGGAACAAUCUUUUCUUCGUCGCGAUUCAGGACUCCAGCUCCACCGCAUCGGUGAUUCCCUCUUCGUGCUCCGUCAGAACUAACGUUUGAAAUAAAGGCGAUCGGGGCUGCCAAGGAUGCUGCUCGUAUGGACCGCGUGGUGAACUUCUACGCCAAACUUCCCCGUGGCUCCGCCCCUGAGGUCAAGCCUACCGGUCUCAUCGGCCGUUACCAGGCUCGCUACUUCGGCAAGAACCCUUCUGCCGCUCCCCUCGCUCACGCUAUCGGUGGCAUUCUCAUUCUGGGAUACAGCAUGGAGUACUACUUCCACCUCCGUCACCACAAGAACCACCCUCACUAAACUUUCUGC